GUGGAUUGAGUACAAGGACAGAAGUCUGACAUUAAUCAGACUGACCUGGACAGACGUGCUUCAGCAUGUCCUGCUGAAUCCAGUCUUCUCCUUCAUUCCUUGGUAUCACAGAAAGGUCUGGGAUUUAAAGGAUGGCUCUGCUGCACCUGCUCAGUCUCUUGCUCCUAGAGGGGGCACUCAUUGGAUCCUGCUCAGAGUCACUGGAAAAUGAAGAGCAGCCAUCGAUGUACUCAGCCACUCAUUGUAAUGGUCCUUGGAUCACUGGACUGCCUGGGAGAGAUGGAAGGGAUGGGAGAGAUGGACCCAAGGGAGAAAAGGGAGACCCAGGUAUGUGAAAAGCAACAAUUACUAGGGGAAGGACCUAGAGGCCUCCAAGGAAAUCCAGGGAGGUUGGGACCUCCAGGAAGCCCAGGGCCACAAGGACCUCAAGGAAUCAAGGGCAUGAAAGGAGAACCGGGUGAAAGUCAUUCUUCUGCAACAGAUGAGCACCUGAAGGUGAAUUCAGAUUUACAAAAUCUACUCCUGAAGUUGACAAGGGCUCUCAAUUUGUAUGGAACUGCAGUUCAACUAGGAGAGAAGUUUUAUGCCACCACUGGCCAAUCCUCUGAUUUCCUCACAAUUAAUGAGACUUGCCACAAGAUAGGAGGCACUAUCGCCACUCCAAGGAAUGAAGAGGAGAAUGCUGCCAUCCUGGAGCUUGUGGUGAAACACAAUACAUAUGCUUUUCUUGGCCUGAAGGAGGGAAAAACACCAGGGAAUUUUUAUUACCUGGAUGGAUCUCCUGUGAACUAUACCAACUGGUAUACUGGAACUCCAGAUGGGCAAGGAAGUGAAAAUUGUGUGGAGAUGUACACAGAUGGCACAUGGAAUGAUAAGUACUGCUAUAAGAGUCGCCUUGCUAUCUGUGAGUUCUGAGCCCCAACCAGAGCUGGCCCACCUGGACAAAAGAAGGAAUGACUCACUGGUGAACUUAUGUGAAUCAUUUAGCUCAAGUCUUGGUGGCCUAAAGGAGUUAAUAUAGUCUCUUUCAGGUAGGAGUCUAUGAGGAAGAGGUUUUAACAAAUCAUAUUAGUAGCCAAUAAAACAAAACGAAAAUCA